AUGGAGCCGCUUCGCCCAGCUAACUUGCCCCCGCUGUCUGUGGGGACCACUGCAGGUUCAGCACGGCCGAGCGAGGAAGCCGGAAGGCGGCCGAGCAAGCCGGCAGCUGGCCCGGAGGCGGAGGCGAUCGCGACCGCUCCGCCGGGGCCAAGCGAGCUGAAGGUACCGGAGACUGGUCCAACUGGUCCAGGCGACAGCGCGCCGUCUCCGUUCGAGUGCACGUUUGGUACACAUGGUGUCACCCAGCUCAGUCCUUGUCCGGGCAAGAAGUCCCUUGCCGACAUGGAGGAGACGCUGCGAACUGGCCAUUUCACUGUGAUCAAAGGUCCAUCCAGUGGCCGGCGUUGGAUCCGUGGAGAAUCCAUCGGUCGUGGCUCUUUAGGCACCGUGUACCAAGCGAUGGACCAGCAAACCGGCGAGCUCCUCGCGGUAAAGGAGGUGGUCAUCAACGCUUCCGAUUCCGCUGACAUGAAAUUCAAGGACCAGCUCGAGAACGAGAUCCAAAUCGUCAAGGAGCUGAAACAUCCCCGAAUAGUCGCUUACCUCGGCCAUGAUUAUAUGGGUGACUCCCUGUUCAUCUACUUGGAGUUCAUGGCAGGUGGCUCCUUGGCGCAAGCUCUGCGGCAGUUCGGCUGCUUCGAAGAAUCCUUGCUGCUGGCUUACACGAGGGAGAUGUUGGAAGGGUUGGAAUAUCUGCACACCAGGGAGACUCCUGUCGUGCAUCGCGACAUCAAAGGCGCCAAUGUUCUCGUCGAUUUGGACUGCCACGCCAAGCUGAGCGAUUUCGGUUGCUCGAAGCGUGACAAUGACACGAUGUCGCACACCAUGCGGGGUUCCAUUCCCUGGAUGGCGCCCGAGGUCAUAAAGAACACCGGCUACGGACGGAAGGCUGACAUUUGGAGCUUUGGGUGCGUUGUGAUUGAGAUGGCCACGGCUAAGAGUCCCUGGGGCUCUUUCGACAAUCCGAUGGCCGCCAUGUGCAAAAUCGCAAUGUCGGACGCCACGCCUCCCAUCCCAGAAGGAGUGUCGCCUGCAUGCCAGGACUUCAUCCGUCUCUGCACACGCAGAGAUCCAGCCGACAGGCCAGAUGCCACCCGGCUCCUGGCGCACGACAUCUUGAAAAACGUCAUUGUCGAAGACGACUGA